AUGUCUGCCUCUCAUUCCUGUGCACACUUCCCUACUCCAUCUACCAAGACCCUUCAGGGUUCCACUUCCUCGUUAUUUGCAUUAGCACUUCCGUCUCCGCGCUCUUGGUUAGCUGCGUUCGCUCGGAACUCAAUACUUGCUGUCCUCAACGACGCAAUAGCCAUAGGCCACCUCACUAUAUCCGAUUCCGAAGGGGUUCAGUGCUACGGGAACUACAAGCCAGGUUGCAAUGACGUCUACCUCAAAGUCAACAAUGACAAUUUCUGGUUUCGCAUGAUGUUAUCUGGCGAUCUGGGAUUCAGCGAGGCUUACAUGCUCAGCGAUAUCGAGAUUAGCAGCCUGAAAGGAGCGAUGGAUUUAUGGCUUGAUAAUCAAGCCGCCAUGGAGGAGACGCUUUCAUCCACCGUCGCUCGCAUCUCAUCGGCCGUAACAGGGUUUUCAAACCGUUUCGUGGGCCAAACGAAAUCACAAGCUCGUUUGAAUGCGAUCGCGAGUUACGAUCAGUCUAACGAGCUGUUCAAGGCGUUCUUGAGCAGAGAGAUGAUGUAUUCGUGUGCCCUUUGGGACGACGCAGAGGGAGGCGUCCGAGGUGACCUCACAAUCGGCCCAACUCCAGGAGAUCUCGAGGCUGCCCAGAAACGGAAAAUUCAUCAUGUCCUGCGAAAAGCCCGCGUGAAACCUGGUCAUCGCAUAUUAGAGUUCGGAAGUGGUUGGGGCGGUCUUGCUAUUGAGGCUGCCGGUACCUUUGGUUGCGAAGUGGAUACUUUGACCCUGUCAAUAAAGCAAAAGGAGCUCGCGGAGGAGCGUAUCAAGGCUGCUGGACUUGAGGGACGGAUACGGGUCCAUUUAAUGGACUAUCGUGACAUCCCGAAAGAGUGGGAGAAUACCUUCGACGCUUUCGUCAGUGUCGAGAUGAUAGAGCAUGUUGGCAGCAAACACUAUAACACAUAUUUCAAACUCGUUGACUUUGCCCUCAAAUCACGGAAUGCCGCUGCUGUUGUGACCGGAUCAACCUUCCCAGAAGGACGAUACACUGGUUGCCAGUCUGAGGACUUUAUGCGCCGCUACAUGUGGCCCAAUUCCUGUCUGCCAAGUGCGACGGUUCUUAUCAACGCAGCUGAGACUGGUGCAAAGGGCGGAUUCACUCUGGAAGGCGUCGAAAACCAUGCAGCCCACUAUCCACGUACCUUGCGUGAGUGGGGUAGGAGGCUCGAAAGAAAUAUGACUCCCGAGAUUAUCUCGAAGGAGUACCCCGAGUUGAGCGACCCUACGAACUACGACACGUUCAUGAAGAAAUGGCAAUACCUUUUUGCGUACGCUGGUGCUGGCUUCGCCAAGGGCUACAUUACCUGCCACAUGCUCACUUUCAGUCGGAAAAAUGACCGUCCUGACAUGUGCGAUUAAAUCAUUCCAACAAAAAAGUUGUUCUUAUCUUUCCUUCCCGCCAUUUCUCCUACAUACCAAUCUACGUUAAUGCCGACACGUGCGGACCAGUUGCUAAAUUAAGUACACAAUCACUC